AUGCUCCUUCUCUACCUCUCUGCAUUGGUCUUCUUCAAACCCAUCCUGGCUGCCCAAGAUGAAGAGCAGACAGCCUCCUGCAAUAAAGAAGUUUCAAAUGCCUGUGCUCUCAUCACAUGUGGCCCUGUGGAAAAUGGAUUGCCCAGGAGAGAUGGAAGAGAUGGGAAAGAUGGUCCCAAGGGAGAAAAGGGAGAUACAGGAUUUCCAGGACCUAGAGGCCCACCAGGGUUAACUGGAGAAACUGGUCCCAUCGGACCCAAAGGGGACCAAGGUUCCCCUGGGGAUCCAGGUCCAAAGGGAGAUACUGGAGAAAAAGGAUUCCCUGGAGUUCCAGGUUUGUCUGGUCCUUUUGGAAGCAGAGGUUCACCCGGACCCCAAGGGGUCAAAGGACCCCAAGGUGAACAGGGACCCAAAGGAGAAGAUGGAAUGAUUCACUCCACUCAAUUCUCAUAUAUAUAUGUCUAUUUCUAUAAACUGACUCUUUCUUGGUUUCUUUCUUGUCAUUCAACAUUAUGGCCUCCUGGAAGCCCUGGCUCUCCAGGCAUCAGAGGGCCAAGGAGCCCACCUGGGCCAAAAGGAGAUAGAGGAUCACCUGGGGAGGAAGGAGAAAGUUGUCUGGAAGAAAUCAACAAGCUGAAGCAGAAAGUGGCUGAAUUGCGCACAAAAAUUGAGGACCUCCAGAAAAGAUUCUCCAAGCAACAGAAAGUUGAACUCUUCCCAAGUGGUCAAGCACUUGGAAAUAAGAUAUACAAGACCAGGGGCUUUGAAGGCAACUUUGAUAAGGCAAAGAAAUCAUGCAAAGCAGCUGGUGACAUAGUGGCUUCCCCCAGAAAUGAGGCAGAGAAUAAAGCUGUACAGAAGAUUGUCUCAGAAUACAACAAGGCAGCCUUUCUUGGCAUGACUGACAUCCAGACAGAGGGUGAAUUCAUCUAUCCAACAGGAGACCCACUGGGCUAUUUCAACUGGGACCCAGGAGAGCACAAUAACGAGGGUGGUGGAGAGAUCUGCAUUGAGAUCUUUUCUGAUGGCAGAUGGAAUGACAAGCCGUGUGAGGAGCCACAUCUGAUCAUUUGUGAAUUUUGACCCUUGGUGGUUGGAGGGGGUGUAGUUUGUGUGAUGUGAGCUAAGGAGAGGAUGUGUUGCUGUGGGAACAGGUAGGGAGGGAGAGUAGCAGGGGACUAUAGAAAAUCAUCAGGUAGAGGCCUAUUUUACUACUCCUAGCUAAUAAAUAAAAAUAGCAAUGCUUUGUGCUAGCUACUGCUUCUCUAAACAUGACUCCAGUUAAUUCCAGCAGGGCCUGAGAUGGGAAGGUGAGAUGGUGUGGCUACCACCCAACCCGGGGCUCUAAAUCUGCUUUUUUAAAAGUCUUCAAGGUGAGUCCUACAUUUUCAGUUCAACAGACCUUCAUUAAAUGCUAUGCGGAGAUUAUUGUGCCAAGCCCUGCUCUUUUCAAAAAAUAAUCAGUCUUACUUUCCUGGAACUUACAAUGGAGGAAUAAUGAAAUGGAGCCCUUCUGAGAUGUUUUCUCUCCCAAUUAGAAAGUGAGUCACUUGAGGACAGGGACUGUCUUGUUUUUCUGUUUGUGUCUCUAGCAUUUAGCACCUUGCUUGGC